AAUUCAAUUUCCAUUCAAAAUCUGCCGGUUCUUUCAAACGGUCACUAUCAGAUAGCAGCAAACCACAAAGCAACAAUGGCGGACGGCGACAAAUCCGCCGUUCCCACUGCUUCUUCUACCAGAUUGAAAAGCGAAGACUAUAAGCGAACCAAGCACGACUCUCACUUCUCCAAAUGGCAGGUUCUUAUUGGACCUUCUGAUUGGGAUGAUUACUCCCAGAGGAAGGAAGGAGCGGCUAGGUACAGGGUUCAUAAUCUCCCAACCAGCUCAGGGCCCGGUCUAUACGAGCUUGGAAUAGCGGUCUCUCGCUCUGGGCUGGGGCGCCUAGUUGGCAAGCUUGAUCCUGAUGACAUUGUAGUGGUUUACCUUGGCCAAGCUGACAAUGUCAGGAGCCGUCUUCAGAGUUAUGGCCGUUCAGGUGCUCAUUUGGGCAAUAGCUAUGCAACUGGUCACUGGGAUAGUUCAAAUGGCUCUCCUCAAAAAGGGCCUCGUUUAUUCGAGGAGAUAUUCGCCGGAGGCCACUCCAUUGUGUUUAGAUGGGCUUCAAUGAAGGAUAAGAGGAACGCUGAGAAAACAGAAGCUCUGCUUCUUGACACUUUUGAUUAUGCAUGGAAUAAAGGUUGUAAUUGUGCACGCCGUCCUGAUGAUAUCCUUCAGAAAAUUUGUGAAAUUGCUUCUAGUACUAGAAGAUUUUCAAGUAUUUCAAAAAGGCUUCUAUUUCUACGUCCCAAUCAAGUGGGUAUUAAAAUUGAAGCAAACAAGCCACUUUCCCCAGAAAAAUGUACUAUUCCUGCUGAUGAAGAUGGAAAAAGUUUCUUCAAAGGAAUUUUCAAAUUUAGCAGAUGGCAGCCUAGAUUAGUUUCAGACAAAUGCGGCAUUGAUGAGGACCUCAUUCACAGAUGUGGAUUCAUCAUGAAUGAUGGUAUCCCUUGUAGACGGCCACCAGUUCCAGGGAGAAAGAGGUGUGAAAGUCACAAAGGAAUGAAAAUUUAUAGAUACAGUUCUAAACCAAUUUCAGAAGGGAACUCAAGUGAUUUGCCUGGUGUGCAUCUGGAUUCUUGCACUAAUUCAUGUGGGGUAAAUUUGGGUGAUGGGAAUUUCUGUAUGAAGCAAGCAAUGCCAGGAAGGCAAAGGUGCGAGGAACACAAGGGGAUGAGGGUCAACAGCUCUAAGCCACUAGCAGAGGAAAAAUUCCAUCCUGCUAACAAUGGUUCUGUGGACUGGACGGACAACAACGCCUCGUCUGGAAGCAACAUGGAUCAGGGACUUCAGUUUCAUUCUUCAAAUGAAAGUUCUAUUGAUGAACCUUGUUCUUCUGUUUGUGGAGCAACUUUAGGGAAUGGUUCAGUCUGCAGAAGGAAACCCAGUCAAGGAAAUGAGCGGUGUUGGCAGCACAAAGGAAAGAGCGGUGGUAGUAACUUAUCUAAUAGUUCCAUCCCAAGUUUGGACACAAUCACAUGUCGAGUUGCCUUACAGGACGGUUCUGUCUGCAUGAGAGUUCCUGUCCAUGGAAGAAAGAGAUGUGAGCUGCACAAGGGAAUGAGAGUCUUCACAUCCUUUAAUUGAUGGGUAGCAUCAGAAAUUGUAGUGUUGUAAGAAGGAAUCCUAACUUAUUCAAUAAUGUUAUAGCUUGCUUUCCCUAACACAUGUGGGCAUGGUUGUUGACUUCUUGUACAUCUCUCAAUUUGUACUUAUCUUGGCACUGUGUCUCGGUAAUUGUAACCAGCUGCAAGAAGUGUUUUGUUGUAUGUCUUUAUGUGAAAUCCUCUUGAA